AUGUGCGCAAGGCGCGGACAUUUCUCCGCAAGCGCCCGGAACACCGGCUCAGAGACGUCGACCAGCGUCUCCAGAUGCACGGUCGUGAGUGCCAGGCGCGCGCUUGGACAGGAACCCCGAGAUGCACGCGCGGCGCUGCGGCGAGUCCUCGUGCCACCGGAGGAGAACGUGCUCGAGAUCCGGAAGCGGGAUCGCCGCGUUUCUGUCGCAGUCGGGGGAGCACUCGGCGUGCCAGCUGUCCAGAGCCGUAAAACGCAGGUCCGGGAGAAGCGGCAGGUCGUGCGGGCAGAACCCCCGCUGCACGCGCAGCAGGGUGCGCAGGUUCGGCAGCCGUCCGAGGAAGGCCCUCCACGACGGAUGCUUCACGUCCGCGAUCAGCUUUUGCAGCGUCAGACUGCAGUUUGGACCGAUGCUCUCGAAGAUGCUCUCGGGCAUCGUGGCACGGCGUAUCCGCGAGGUGGCAAUGAUGAUGCGGAUAUGCGAGAGAUAGCCAAAUACCUCGCCGAGCAUGGGCAUCCUGUGCUCAUCGGCGGAGACUAUGUCCACGCGGCGCACCAGGGAGCCCAGCAAGAAAUCGCCCGCACCUUGCGCCGCGUGCUUCAAAGCACGCUGCAGGGCGCCCAUGUUCCCAUUCGAGACCACGACGGCUCGGUGCAGGAGCGGCGCGGCGAGAGCGCGCCAUCGUCCGCACACACGGACGAGGCUCACUUUCGUGACCAGAGACCGGCGGAUCCCACGCCUUGCUCGUCUGCGAAAGAGCCACAGAGCUGAUACACGGGCAAUCCUGUCUCGAACGGGUCGUGGAAAUCUGGGUCCAGGAUGCCUGGGACGGACGGCGCCCACCCGAA